CGAGACCAAAGACGGUAAAGUGGGUUUGUAUGAAAGGAUUCAGAAACUGAAGAAAGCUAAUCCGAAAUUGAAGACGCUUUUAGCUAUAGGUGGUUGGUCCUUCGGUACACAAAAAUUCAAGGAUAUGUCAGCCACUAGGUAUGCCCGACAGACGUUCAUCUAUAGUGCUAUCCCAUUCUUGAGACAGAGAGGAUUCGACGGUCUAGAUAUGGAUUGGGAGUAUCCCAAAGGAUCUGCUGACAAGAAAAAUUAUGUCCUGCUUCUCAAAGAAUUGAGAGAAGCAUUCGAAGCAGAAUCCCAAGAAAUAAAAAAGAAUCGUCUCCUUCUAACCGCGGCAGUCCCAGUGGGUCCAGACAACAUCAAGGGGGGAUACGACGUUCCAGCAGUAGCUUCUUACUUAGAUUUCAUCAACCUGAUGGCCUACGACUUCCACGGCAAAUGGGAGCGAGAAACAGGACACAACGCUCCACUAUACUCCCCAAGUAGCGACAGUCAGUAUCAGAAACAACUCAACGUAGACCACGCAGCAGGUCUUUGGGUGAAACUCGGAGCACCCAAAGAGAAGAUGAUCAUCGGUACUGCGACAUAUGGAAGAUCUUGGACUUUGGCAGAUCCAAGCAAGCACGGUGUACAUGCUGCGGCUAGUGGGGGUGGUAAGGAAGGAACGUAUUCGAAGGAGGGAGGAUUCUUGACGUACUAUGAAGUGUGCGAGAUGCUCCAAAAUGGUGCAACCUACUACUGGGAUGACGAGAUGAAAGCACCAUAUUGCGUUCAAGGUGACCAGUGGGUGGGAUUCGAUGACGAAAAAUCUAUCAGGCACAAGAUGAAAUGGCUGAAAGAGAGUGGCUAUGGUGGAGCCAUGGUAUGGACUGUAGACAUGGAUGACUUCACUGGAACUAUCUGUGGGGGAGAAGUCAAAUAUCCUCUUAUUGGAGCUAUACGAGAAGAACUUUUGGGAAUAUCGAGAGGUAAAGAUGUGAAAGACGUGGAUUGGCAAGCGAUUGCUGGACCAAGCGAAGAUGACGAAGAUGAGGAUGAGGAAGAGGAAGAAGAAAAACCGAAACCCAUUAAAAUAGCAGUGUCUGAAGUUUUGAAACGAGUCGGAAAACCCAAUAAGAAGACUACAUCCUUGGCCAAGAGAGUCAACAAACAUGUUCGAAAACCCCAAGUCUUCUGUUACAUGACGAGCUGGUCGGUGAAACGACCAGGAGCUGGAAAAUUCACUCCUGAAGAUAUCAAUCCAGCACUUUGUACUCACAUCAUCUACGCAUUCGCAACUCUCAAGGAUAACAAGCUGACAGAAGCAAGUGAUAAAGAUCCAGAUAUGUACGACAGAGUAAUCGAACUCAGGGAAAAAAAUCCGGAAUUGAAGGUACUACUGGCCAUCGGUGGAUGGGCUUUUGGUUCCACACCUUUCAAAGAGCUCACAAGUAAUGUCUUCAGGAUGAACCAAUUUGUUUAUGACGCCAUCGAAUUCUUGAGGGAGUUCAAAUUCAAUGGUUUAGAUGUAGACUGGGAAUAUCCAAGAGGAGCUGAUGAUAGAGUUGCCUAUGUCAACCUUCUAAAAGAACUGCGACUAGCGUUUGAAGGGGAAGCGAAAACUAGUGGACAACCGAGACUUCUGCUCACUGCUGCUGUACCAGCUUCAUUUGAAGCUAUUGCAGCUGGAUACGAUGUUCCAGAAAUCUCCAAAUAUCUAGAUUUCAUCAAUGUCAUGACUUACGACUUCCAUGGACAAUGGGAAAGAACCGUUGGACACAAUGCCCCUUUGUUCCCUCUGGAAAGUGCCACCAAACAUCAGAAGAAGCUGACAGUGGAUUACUCAGCUCGCGAAUGGGUGAAACAGGGUGCCCCUAAAGAGAAAUUGAUGAUUGGAAUGCCUACAUACGGUCGCAGCUUUGAACUGGUGAACAUCACACAAUUUGAUAUUGGAGCACCAGCAAGUGGAGGAGGCAUAGCAGGAAAAUAUACAUCAGAAGCAGGGUUUAUGAGCUAUUACGAAAUUUGUGAUUUCCUGCAUGAAGACAAUACCACCUUGGUAUGGGACAAUGAGCAGCAAGUACCUUUUGCCUAUAGGGAUAACCAGUGGGUAGGAUUCGAUGAUGAAAGGAGUUUAAAGACGAAGAUUGCUUGGUUGAAAGAAGAAGGAUUCGGAGGUAUCAUGAUCUGGUCUGUAGAUAUGGAUGACUUCCGAGGAUCUUGCGGUAGCGGAAAGUACCCUCUAAUAAACGCAAUGAGGCAGGAACUUGAAGGUUAUAAAGUCAAAUUGGAGUACACAGGACCGUACGAAUCGAGUGUUUCUACUGGACAAUACAC